CAAGAUGGCUAAAGGUGAUCCCAAGAAACCAAAGGGCAAGAUGUCUGCUUAUGCUUUCUUUGUGAAGACGUGCAGAGAGGAACAUAAGAAGAAAAACCCCGAGGUCCCUGUCAAUUUUGCAGAAUUUUCCAAGAAAUGCUCUGAGAGGUGGAAGACAACGUCUGGGAAAGAGAAGUCUAAAUUUGAUGAAAUGGCAAAGGCAGAUAAAGUGCACUAUGAUCGGGAAAUGAAGGAUUACGGACCAGCUAAGGGAGGCAAGAAGAAGAAGGACCCAAAUGCCCCCAAGAGGCCACCGUCUGGAUUUUUCCUGUUCUGUUCUGAAUUCCGCCCCAAGAUCAAAUCUACAAACCCUGGCAUCUCUACUGGAGAUGUGGCAAAGAAGCUGGGCGAGAUGUGGAAUAACUUAAGUGACAGCGAGAAGCAGCCAUACAUCAACAAGGCAGCAAAGUUGAAGGAGAAAUACGAGAAGGAUGCCGCAGACUGUAAGUCUAAAGGGAAGUUUGAUGGUGCCAAGGGUCCUGCUAAAGUUGCCCGGAAAAAGGUGGAAGAAUAAGAUGAAGAAGACGAGGA